AUGGCUGCGGGCAGCGCCGCGCUCCUGCUGAGCCUCCUGGGGGCACUGGGGCUGAGCGACCCCGGCCCGCUGGAGGACGUGGUGAUAGAGCGCUACUACAUCCCCAAAGUCUGCCUGCGGGAGGCCCAGAUGGGGGACUUCAUCCGCUACCACUACAAUGGGACCUUUAAAGAUGGCAAAAAGUUUGACUCCAGCUACGAUCGAGGGGCCACAGUGGCUGGCGUGGUGGGCGUGGGGCGGCUGAUCACCGGCAUGGACCGCGGGCUGCAGGGCAUGUGCGUCAACGAGCGGCGGCACCUCAUUGUGCCACCCCACCUGGGCUAUGGCAGCAUCGGCGUGGCGGGGCUGAUCCCCCCUGACGCCACGUUGUACUUUGACGUGGUGAUGCUGGACAUCUGGAACAAGGAUGACAAACUGCAGAUCACCACCCUGGCCAAACCUGAGCGCUGCAACCGCACGGUGGAGAACUCAGACUUUGUGCGGUAUCACUACAACGGCACUCUGCUGGAUGGAACCCCCUUCGACUCCAGCUACAGCAAAGACAGCACCUACGAUACGUAUGUGGGCACUGGCUGGCUGAUCAAGGGCAUGGACCAGGGCCUGCUGGGCAUGUGCGCCGGGGAGAAGAGGAGCAUCAUCAUCCCACCAUUCCUGGCCUAUGGGGAGAAGGGCUACGGGACCGUGAUCCCACCACAGGCCUCGCUGGUGUUCAGCGUGCUGCUGGUGGACUUCCACAACCCCAAGGACGGCGUCUCCCUGGAGCACCUGGAGGUGCCGGCGUCCUGCAGGCGCAGGGCUGUGACCGGAGACUUCGUGCGCUACCACUACAAUGGCACGCUGAUGGACGGGACGCUGUUUGACUCCAGCUACUCUCGCAACCAAACCUACAACACCUACAUUGGGAAGGGCUACAUCAUCCCCGGCAUGGACCAGGGCCUGCAGGGCGUCUGCAUCGGCGAGCGCAGGCGGGUGGUGGUCCCCCCACACCUGGCCUAUGGCGAGAACGGAGUGGGGAACAAAAUUCCCGGCUCCGCUGUGCUCAUCUUUGAUGUCCACAUCAUCGACUUCCACAACCCGGCCGACCCGGUGGAGAUUGAGGCCGUGCACCGACCCGAGGGCUGCAACGUCACCGCCCGCGACAGGGACUUCGUCCGCUACCACUACAACUGCUCCCUGCUGGACGGCACGCGGCUCUUCUCCUCCCACGACUACGAGAAGCCCCAGGAGGUGACCCUGGGGGCCAACAAGGUGAUUGAGGGUCUCAACAGCGGCCUCCUGGGCAUGUGUGUGGGGGAGAGGCGGGUGCUCAUCGUCCCCCCACACCUGGGUCACGGCGAGAACGGAGCCCGAGGAGUGCCUGGCAGCGCAGUGCUCCGCUUUGAGGUGGAGUUGAUCUCCCUGGAGGAGGGGGUUCCCGAAGGAUACCUCUUCAUUUGGCACGGGGACCCUCCUGAGAACCUCUUUGAGCAGAUGGACCUCAACAAGGAUGGGCAGAUCCCCGCUGAGGAGUUCUCCACCUUCAUCAAGACCCAGGUGGCGGAGGGGAAGGGACGCCUCAUGCCCGGCUCCGACCCCGAGAAAAUCAUCGCCGACAUGUUUGGGAACCAGGACCGCAACCAGGACGGGCGCAUCACGGCCGAGGAGCUGAAGCUGAAGUCGGAUGAGGACCGGGAGAAGGUCCACGAGGAGCUGUGAGACGCAGCACCGCCGUGCCCACGCCUGGCGCUGCCCCUCGCCGGCCCGGGAGCCGUUUUCUGAUGAUUUUUUCCCCCCUUUUAUUUAACUGCGGUUUUUUUCUGUCGUUCCUCACGGGCGCAGCUCCGCAGUCCGCAGUCAAUGCGCGCAGGCAGGAAGGUGGGAAGCGGCUCCGGGUGCCCGCAGUGGGUCGGGUCGGCGCAUUCCCCCCCCCUCCGU